ACACCAUUCCUUCCAGGUCAAAAAUGAUAUUUGUCUAGUCAUGGAUUACGCAGAUGGGGGAGAACUUGAGCACUACCUUGUGAAGCAGGAAGGUUAUAGAGUCAGCGAGAAACAGGCGAAAUUCUUUAUGUUGCAGAUUCUAUCAGCUGUCAGUCAUUGUCAUUCAAAAGGUAUCAUACACCGAGACCUGAAGCCACAGAACAUCUUGAUCACUUACUCUCAGCAUGGAAAUUUAGAUCACAGUCUUUUUGAAAUGGAUCCUAACAAGGAGCCUUAUGAAGAUAUGGUGCUCAAGGUAGUGGACUUUGGGAUAGCCGGGAUUAAGCGUGCUGGCACACGAGGAGAAAGCACUAAUGCUGGCACAGAGAAGUUCAUGGCACCAGAGCUGAAGGACAAGAAAGACAUCUCUGCUACAAAGGCACUUGAUAUUUACUCCCUAGGAAUCAUCCUCUACAUAAUCGUUAUGGGCAAGCAUCCUUUCGUGACUAAGCAUAAGGAUGGCACUCGAACUGUCUCUACUAAGUUGAGAUUUUCAGAUUGGAAGAUUAGCAAGAACUGUAAAGACCUGAUCAAGCGGAUGAUUGAGGAGGACCCAUCCGAGCGAAUCAACAUGUACGAUAUCCUUAACCACGAUUGGUUUAAUCAAAAAUGCGAAUCUGAUGAUUCCUUUUUCCAGGAGUCACCAUCGCCCAAAACAAAAUCGAAGAAAGUUCCAAAUGAAGAUGGUGUCAAGCCAAACAUGUUGUUCGAAAAAUCAUUGAAAAUGAACAUGAUCAAGAACUCAGAUCUCCUUCCAGCAUUCUCAAAAUCAAUAAAAGAAGGCAGCGGAAGGCUCAACUUUAACUUUGACAAACAGAAGGCUAAGAAAACUUUGUGAGCCUCAGGGAAAGCGAAGAAGAAGAGGAAAUUUGGGAAGAAUACUCAGAAAGUUAAGGCUAAGGACAUACUCCAUUUUAAGAAUAAUCCUGGCAAGGGCUAUCACUCCCCUGAAGCUACAUGCAAGGGAAACAUCAAUUUUUCAUCAAUUAAGUUCCAGAAUGGAAGUGUGCGUAAGAAUGCCUAUAAAUAAACUCGUCUCCAGACCAUCCUUUGUGAACAAAAAGUCGCAGGGACUUGAGAGUUAUUAUGAGAAAUCUUCGAAAAUUGCUGAUGGGAUUUCUCCAGUCACACACAAGAACAGUUCUUCGAGUAAUUUAGGGGGAGUUUCUUGGAAAGCCAAGAUUAACAUAGAGAAAAGGAAGGUCCUCAGGUCAAAUAUACGGAAUUACUCCUACUCUAGAGCUAGUGCUAUGAGUUCCAUGAAGCAUGGAACAGUCAACGACCACUACCUAAAUGGCAAUAAAUUUCCAGAGAUUGGUUCGAAACAGUCUCGGUUUUUCAAAUAA